CUCGUCGCCAGGGGCCGCUCGCGGGCCCGGUCUCCUGGCAACCAGGCGCUCCGCCCCUCAACCCGUUUAACCUUUAGGGUUCGCGGGGCCGCGCUCAGCGCUGGCUGCGUUCUCCUCUCCCUUUACCCCUUUCGCCGGGGUUGUCCCGGCCGGAAGCGAAGAUGGCGGUGGCGGCGGUAGGCGCGGCGUCAGCCGAGCUGGUGAUCGGCUGGUGUAUCUUCGGCCUCCUGCUCCUGGCUAUUUUGGCAUUUUGCUGGAUAUAUGUUCGUAAAUAUCAAAGUCAGCGGGAAAGUGAAGUUGUCUCCACCAUAACAGCGAUCUUUUCUCUGGCGAUUGCUCUUAUCACAUCAGCACUUCUACCCGUGGAUAUAUUUUUGGUUUCCUACAUGAAAAACCAAAAUGGUACAUUUAAGGUCUGGGCUAACGCUAAUGUCAGCAGACAGAUCGAGGACACCGUAUUGUACGGUUACUACACCUUAUAUUCUGUUAUAUUAUUCUGUGUGUUCUUCUGGAUCCCUUUUGUCUACUUCUACUAUGAAGAAAAGGAUGAUGAUGAUACUGGUAAAUUCACUCAAAUUAAAACGGCAUUCAAGUAUACUUUCGGAUUUGUUGUGAUUUGUGCACUACUUCUUUUAGUUGGUGCUUUUGUUCCAUUGAAUCCUCCCAGUAACAAAAAUUCUACAGAGUGGGAAAAGGUGAAGUUCCUGUUUGAAGAACUUGGAAGUAGUCAUGGUUUAGCUGCCUUGUCAUUUUCCAUUAGUUCUCUGACCUUGAUUGGAAUGUUGGCAGCUAUAACCUACACAGCCUAUGGCAUGUCGGCCUUGCCUUUAAAUCUGAUAAAAGGCACUAGAAACACUGCUUAUGAACGUCUAGAAAACACUGAAGACAUUGAAGAAGUGGAGCAGCACAUCCAAAUGAUUAAAUCAAAGAGCAAAGAUGGUCGACCUUUGCCAGCAAGGGAUAAACGUGCCUUAAAACAACUUGAAGAAAAGUUACGAACACUUAGGAAGAGAGAGAGGCACUUAGAUGUCAUUGAAAAUAGCUGGUGGACUAAAUUCUGUGCUGCUCUGCGUCCCCUGAAGAUCAUUUGGGGAAUAUUUUUCAUCUUAGUUGCCUUGCUGUUUAUAAUUUCUCUCUUCCUGUCCAAUUUGGAUAAAGCUCUUCAUUCAGCUGGAAUAGAUUCUGGUUUCAUAAUUUUUGGAGCUAACCUGAGUAAUCCACUGAAUAUGCUUUUGCCUUUACUACAAACAGUGUUUCCUCUUGAUUAUAUUCUUAUUACAAUUAUUAUUAUGUACUUUAUUUUUACUUCAAUGGCGGGGAUUCGAAGUAUUGGCAUAUGGUUCUUUUGGAUUAGAUUGUAUAAAAUCAGACGGGGUAGGACCAGGCCCCAGGCGCUCUUAUUUCUCUGCAUGAUACUUCUGCUUAUUGUCCUUCACACUAGCUACAUGAUUUACAGUCUCGCUCCCCAGUAUGUUAUGUAUGGAAGCCAAAAGUACCUAACAGAAAGCAAUAUAACUUAUGAUGCCCAUAAAGGCAAUUCAACCCUUUCUGUUUCAAAGAGAUGUGAUGCAGAUGCCCCUGAAGAUCAGUGUAUUGUCACCCGGACCUACCUGUUCCUUCACAAGUUCUGGUUCUUCAGUGCCGCCUACUACUUUGGUAACUGGGCCUUUCUUGGGGUGUUCAUGAUUGGGUUGAUUGUCUCCUGCUGUAAAGGGAAGAAGUCGGUCAUUGAAGGGGUGGAUGAGGAUGACUCAGACCUGAGUGAUGAUGAGCCCUCUCUCCACUCCGUCUGAGGGCUUCUGUUACACAGGUUUACUAAGCUGACUCUGCAUCUCUUGUGCAUUUGUAAAGUGUCAAACUAACAUGAGAAUGAACUGACUAGCUUUCAUCAAAAAUGAGAGCAUGGCUAUUAAAAAAAAAAAAACUAUAUUUUUUAUGUUUUCUGAAGUGACAUUAUUAUAUCAUAGAUUAACAUUUUAAAUUGCUAUAAUAAUGCUAUAUAAAUAUAAAAGUACCGGCCUUGUGAGGGAAUGUUUGUAACAAUUUUUUUUUUUCCUCUAGUGUAUAAUAGUGUUGAAUUGAUUAAAAAUCUUCCAGAAUUAAUAUUCCCUUUGGUCACUUUUUAAAAACAUAAUAACUCACUUGUAUCUGUGCCUUUGGGUCUCUAGAGUACUGUGGAAUUUUCAAGUGUCUAUAUCUGAUUGUUGAAAAAUAAUAUUCACAGUAUAGCUGAUAAAUAAAUGUUAUUCCGCUA